AUGGCUAGAGGUUCCUCCAAACUUAAAUCUCUCAAUUUACAUGAUGUGUUAUAUAUGCCUAGCAUUACCAAAAAUCUUUUGAGUGUGUCUAAACUAGCUGUUGACAAUAACAUUCUUGUUGAGUUUGAUGCCAAUUAUUGUUUUGUGAAGGACAAGCUGACAGGGAAGGCAAUACUAAGAGGGACACUUAAGGAGAGAUUAUAUCAGCUCUCAGGGAUUGAAAAAGAUCAACAUGCUUAUAUAUCUCUCAAAGAGAGCUGGCAUAGAAGACUUGGUCAUCCUAACAAUAAAGUCCUAGAUAAAGUCUUAAAAAGCUGUAAUGUAAAACUAUCACCUAGUGAUCACUUUAGUUUUUGUGAGUCUGUCAAUAUGGAAAAUGCAUUUGUUACCAUUUAA